GUAAAUUGUCGAGAAAAUUGGCUCGCCAUGAAGCUUUUCGUCUUAAGUAUAUUUUGUAGUGUUCUGCUGGCCAUGGAUCUACAAAAUCUCUCGGGGGACCUAAGAUACCAUCUAGGAGAUGGAGCACAUUUUUCAGAAGAAAUUCGGGCCACUUCAGAGGUUGAGCAACGAAUUACCCCGUCAAACAGAGACAGGACUGCCAAUCGGCUUCGCUUCCCAGGCUCAAGUCUUUUUGACCGGAUUCGUCACAGGAAUUCUGGCCGUGAUCAGGGGAGAGCGACUCUCCAAGCAGCUCCAGAGCCACCCGAAAUAACACCUGAGCAAGAGUAUAUGUUCCAAAGAUACCAACAGCAGGGUGUCAAUCUGCUGUACAUUGCUCCGGAGCAAGCGCUUUCUGAAGUUGAACACCUCCGAUUGGUACAGGCUGGCCCGCCCACAGGCCCCCGUUCUUACAAGGAAACCGAUAAGAUCGAAAAUACCAGGUUGCUGGGAUAUAUGCUCAAGCCGUCUCCAUCCAUACGACAGGAUACAGUCCCGCUAGAACAAGCCCUCAAGACGCUACCUUUAAGUUCCAACGCAGCUCUUCAACGGAGUCACCGUAUUGGACUUCGCACCUCUGGGAAUGGGCCCCACGAUUACCAUGAUGGCAGUUCUUCAACUUCCGAUCAAUCGCUUGACGAAAUAACGGAGGUCCUUUUAGCCGAUCCAGACCACCGGAAGUGUGUCGUUUGCCUAGAAAAAUUCAAAUCGCCUCAGAGAGAUGGCAAAAAUCGCUGGUCCUUCGACAAAGUUUUGAUGAUCGACGGCUGCAAACAUUACUUCCACCGUUCUUGUCUUCAAACCUGGGUCCUAGGUAGAGGUCAUCGAGACUGUCCGACCUGCCGACACGAGGUUUAACCACCCAUAAACCCACAAAGCCUUGUUGACAACCAAAUCCUUACAUUUG